CAAAUAGUAUUGCAUGGUACCUCAGGAAUAUAUAUGUCAAAGCUAUAAAUUAAGUAAAAUGAUUUUAUUUAUAUAUAUGUCGCGGUCGUUAUCGCAACGACCGCGGCGUCUCUAUCGACGUCCGCGAGAUCGCGACCGACAACCGGUCUGGCCGCCGCCUGUGGCACGGCCGCCGGCCCGGCCAGCGGCGGUGGCGACGGCAAACAGCUUUGUCUGGACCGUCGUCGACGAACUAACGCGCUUGAUUUACUGUAGCUACAAUUGUAUAUGAUUAAACGUGUCGCCGUUCAAUAAAAUCGUGUCGUACCAGUAACUGUUGUCAGUGUUAUCCUUUCAAAACCGUUCCGACACCUACAUUGGCGCAGUCGAGUAAGGAGUAAGAUGGCAGAACGCGCCAAUAACCCCCCACGGAACCGCAACAACCGGCCAUCCCGCGGCAUGAUUGCCGCGCAUGUGGAAAAGCUCCGGGCAAUGGCCGCGCAGUUGUUGCGGGAAGCCAGGAGGCUGUCGGGCGAUGGUCCGGAGGACACGGUGAGCGGUUGGUCGGCCGAACGCGCGGCUACCGCGUCGUUCGGCCGGAUACGAGCAAGCCCGACUGCAUGGGCCUUGUUCGAGCGGGGUUUCGCCGAGGGACGCCGGUCCACUCGAGCGAACACCCCACAGCCCGAAGCCGCCAGGCCUAGGGCAGGACCGCCCGGACGAGUGCCACCUCGCCGAACAGCGCCGGCGUACCAGCGCCACGACGUCCGGGAUGGGCGUGGCCGGUUCAGGCGGCCAGCGGUUCAGCCACAAGCCGACCAGACCGACGAGCGGCCCAUGGUACGGCCGCAAGCCCAGCAGCCCGUGGUGCCCCCGCCAACAGAGCCGCCAGCAGAGCAGCAGCUGGCCCAGCAGCCAGACACCCCGGAACAGCAGCUGGCCGCGGUGGAGCGGUGGAUCCAGGCCAUGGAGGUGACGCCCGGGGACCCAGUCAUCCUCCCCGCAGACUAG